UCAUAAUCACUCCAUCAAACAAACCUAGAAAUACACACACAGCCUUCAUCCCCUCUCUCAAGUAACAACACAAAAUCCUAAGUCCCCAAAAUGGUUUCUUGGCUAUCAUCUCUCGUCAUUGCAGUGACAUUCACUAGCUUAUUCACUGGUCUAUCUGCUCGCCAUCUUCUCCAAUCAACACCAGCCACUCAACCACCGGUUACAACAACAUUCCCACCUCUUCCCAAACCCACAAUGCCACCACCAAUGCCUUCUUCGCUUCCUCAACCAACUCUUACUCAACCUGCAGCGUUUCCACCAUUACCAAACACACAGAUACCUUCUUUUCCUAACCCAACACAACCGAUUAAUAUCCCAAACUUCCCACAAAUCAAUAUCCCUAAUUUCCCAAUUAGCAUUCCAAACAAUUUCCCCUUUAAUAUUCCCACCAGCAUUCCCACCAUCCCUUUCUUUACUCCACCACCUUCCAAGUGAGAAGCUAAGCUCUUUAGCUGCUGCCACACAACAGAUUACCGUCUUUGUCUUGCACACUUUGUUUGCAUAUGAUUGCAAUGUAUUUUAUUCUUUUGAUGUUUUCCUCCUUGUUGUUGUUGUUUCUGAUAUGCUUUGUAAUAUAUAUAUAAAUCUUAAUAUAGUUCUAGUGAUUACAUGA